AAUGUUGGAAGCCUCUGCAACCUCUGUUAAACAACACCCCUUCUUCUUCUUUCUUCUUCUUCUUUCCUUCUUUCCUUCCCUCCUCACUGAACAGCGAACGAACCAUCAGAAAGAUGACGUCGUCGGAGAGAGAAGAGAAGCCGACGAAGAUGUUUGGGAAGCAAUUGGCGGCGGCGGAGGACUUCGCGGCGGUGCGUGAGCUCUUCCGCCACCACAUAGAGUCAUUCGACUACCUUGUCACUAAGGGUCUCGAGGUUCUACUCAGCAAGAUCAAGCCCAUCGAAAUCGUCGACCCUUCCACCAACAAUACGCUUACAAUCUGGUUGGGUGACCCUGCGUUGUACCGACCUUAUAAGGAAGAGUCGAAAAUGAUGCAAGUUCCUCUGCUGCCUUUUGAAUGUAGACAGGCUAAACUUUCCUACACGGGGAAAUUCAUGGCGGAAGUUUGCUUUAAGUAUAAUGAUAGUGGAGCUGUUAUAAGAGAAAAGUUCAAUUUUGGGCAGCUUCCCAUCAUGCUACAGUCAAAGCUUUGCCACUUAAGAGGUGCUAAUCCCCAAAAGCUAGUUUCUUACAAAGAAGAGGCAUCGGAAAUGGGUGGUUAUUUCAUUUUAAAUGGGCUUGAGAGAGUGGUUCGGCUUGUUAUAUUGCCAAAGCGGAACUAUCCAACUAGUAUGGUGCGAAAUUCAUUUCGUGAUCGAAAGGAAGGAUAUACUGACAAAGCAGUUGUAAUAAGAUGUGAAAGAGAAGAUCAGUCUUCAGUAACUGUCAAAUUGUAUUACCUUCGUAAUGGAAGUGCAAGACUGGGAUUUUGGAUACAAGGGAGGGAGUACUUGCUUCCUGUAGGCGUUGUCUUAAAGGCUCUCAUUGAUACUACUGAUCGUGAAAUUUAUGAGUGUUUGACAUGUUGCUAUGUUGAGAACUACGAGAAAGGAAAAGGGGCUGUUGGCACUCAGCUAGUGGGUGAGAGGGCACAAAUUAUCCUGGAUGAAGUGAGAGACUUGAAACUUUUCACUCGUCAUGAAUGUCUAGAGCACAUUGGAGAACACUUCCGACCUCUUAUGGGUGGAUUGGAGAAUGAACGACCUUCGGUUGUUGGGGAUGCUGUUAUAAUGAAUUACAUAUUGGUCCACCUUAAUAAGGCUCAUGACAAAUUCAAUCUGCUCAUAUUUAUGGUGCAGAAACUUUUUUCACUUGUGGAUCAGACUUCUGUGCCGGACAACCCAGAUUCCUUGCAAAAUCAUGAAGUCCUACUCCCUGGUCACUUGAUUACAAUAUAUCUUAAGGAAAAACUAGAAGAGUGGUUGCAAAGGACGAAAAAGCUUAUUGAAGAUGAGAUCAACAAAAAUAAGGACUUUGAAUUUGGCAACGUAGCUAAAGUAAAGAAGCUUAUGGAUAAAAAUCCUGCAAAGCAGAUCAGUUUAGCUGUUGAAAAUAUGUUGAAAACUGGAAGACUUAAUACUCAAUCUGGUCUAGAUUUGCAGCAGAGGGCAGGCUUGACGGUUCAGGCAGAGAGGCUUAACUAUUUACGCUUCAUAUCUCAUUUUCGUGCUGUUCAUCGAGGGGCAUCAUUCGCUGGACUUCGCACCACAAGUGUGCGGAAAUUGCUACCUGAAUCUUGGGGUUUUCUUUGCCCUGUCCAUACACCUGAUGGUGAACCAUGUGGCUUGUUGAAUCAUAUGACUCACAUUUGUAGGAUUACAUCCUUCUUUGAUGCUCAAGGAAAUAUUAGAGACUUCUCAAAGAUCCGAGAGUCUAUUCUCAGUGUUCUGAGUGCAGUUGGAAUGAAGACUUCAAAGCCAAAUCUGGUUCAAGCUGGUCCUCCUGCAGCUUUUUCUGUUUUGUUAGACGGCUGUGUUGUUGGUUCUAUAUCUUCCAGUAAAGUUGAGAAAGUUGUGGCUCAUUUAAGGAGGCUGAAAGUGGCAGCUGCUCCAGUGAUUCCUGACGAUCUGGAAGUGGGAUAUGUUCCAUUAAGCAUGGGUGGGGCAUAUCCUGGUCUGUACCUUUUCACUAUCCCUUCUAGAUUUGUUCGGCCAGUAAAGAAUAUUUCAAUUCCUUCUGUUGAAGGUCAGAAUAUUGAACUUAUUGGACCCUUUGAACAGGUUUUCAUGGAAAUAAGAUGUCCUGAUGGUCGAGAUGGUGGAAGGAAAGAUGGUUUCCCAGCAACUCAUGAAGAAAUUCAUCCAACUGGAAUGCUCAGUGUGGUCGCUAAUCUUACACCCUGGUCAGAUCAUAAUCAGAGCCCACGAAAUAUGUAUCAGUGCCAGAUGGCAAAACAAACAAUGGCCUUCUCUUUACAAGGACUUUGUAAUCGUGCAGAUCAAAAGUUGUACCAUCUUCAGACUCCUCAGUCCCCUAUUGUACGCACAAGUGCAUAUAAGAAGUACUGCAUCGAUGAAUACCCAACAGGCACAAAUGCGAUCGUUGCUGUACUGUCAUAUACUGGAUAUGAUAUGGAGGAUGCCAUGAUUCUAAAUAAGUCAUCUGUUGAACGUGGAAUGUUUCAUGGGCAUAUAUAUCAGACAGAAACAAUAGACUUGUCUGAUCAAAAGAAGAGGUCGGAUAACACCCCAACAUAUUUUAAGAAAAGUAACGUCGAUAAAAAUCCUUUGAUUGAUUCAGAUGGUCUUCCUCAUGUUGGUCAGACAAUAAAACCAUAUGAAGAAUAUUAUAGCUUUACGAAUGACACUCUUCAUAAGCCUAGAGCUGUCAAACGGAAAGGUACAGAACCUGUUAUAGUUGACUACGUUGCUAUCGAUGGGAAGAAGCUCCUCCAGAAGGCAAACAUACGCUUUCGACACACUAGAAACCCCAUCAUUGGUGAUAAAUUUAGCAGCCGGCAUGGGCAAAAAGGUGUUUGCUCCCAGUUGUGGCCUGAUAUUGAUAUGCCAUUUUCUGGAGUUACGGGAAUGCGUCCAGAUCUAAUCAUCAAUCCCCAUGCAUUUCCUUCUAGAAUGACAAUAGCUAUGCUGUUGGAAUCAGUUGCUGCAAAGGGCGGUAGCUUACAUGGAAAAUAUGUUGACGCGACUCCAUUUGCUAGUUCAAAGAAUGCUAAUGGAGAGACUGGACCAAAAUCCAAAACCCUUGUUGACGAACUUGGUGAAAUGUUAAAGGUUAAGGGGUUUAACUACCAUGGUGUAGAAGUUCUGUACAGCGGGGUUUAUGGCACAGAACUCACAUGCGAGAUCUUUAUUGGCCCUGUUUAUUAUCAACGACUACGACACAUGGUUUCAGACAAAUUUCAGGUUCGCUCCACUGGAACGGUAGACCAGGUCACUCGCCAGCCUAUCAAAGGACGAAAGCGAGGUGGUGGCAUACGUUUUGGUGAAAUGGAGCGCGACUCCAUGCUUGCGCAUGGGGCAGCAUAUCUGUUGCACGACAGGCUUCAUACCUGUUCUGAUUAUCACAUUGCCGAUGUAUGUUCCAUAUGUGGAAGCAUCCUAACGUCCACAUUCAUCCAACCAAAACGGGUUGGGCGUCUGGUUUCAGGAAUUCCGUCUGUAAGAGCUCCCAAGAAGGUCAUCUGCCAUGCUUGUAAGACAAGCAAAGGGAUGGAGACAGUUGCAAUGCCCUAUGUCUUCAGAUAUUUAGCUGCAGAGUUGGCAUCAAUGAACAUAAAAAUGACUCUUCAGGUAAGUAAUGCAGCGAAAGAUUGAUAUCACGUUCUUGCGAAUGAAGAACCAAUGUAAGAUGGUUCGUCAGUUGAUGAGAUAUAGCAGGCUGCGGCGGCGGGACACUUCACACAAGCAGCAAACCGUCGAUGUUGGGGAUUGGGGAGAGGGUCCUUGUAUGUAUUUAUAAAUUUCCAAGAGGGUUUGGGCUCUCUUCAGUUUUCUUAUAAGCACAGAUUACUCUUGAAGCUCUUAACCUUGUUUUUUCUUUUUUAAUUAUUGUUUUGAGUGCAAGUGGAAUUACUGUUUUUUAAAAUACCAUCUCAAAUGUCAGUGGAAAGAUAUUGUACCAGAGAA